AUGCGCGUUAUACCGAACACGCCUUGCUUAGUGCGCGCAGGAACUGCUGUUUUUGCGGUGGAUCCGAGUGUUCGUAUAGAAGAUAUUAAAGUGGUCAAAUAUCUGUGCUCUUCUAUCUUUGAAGUGUUCGAAGAAAUCCCGGAGUCUCUGAUAAACGCAUCCUCCGGAAUAUCUGGAUGCGGACCUGCAUAUAUUUUUCUUGUAACUGAGGCGUUGGCUGACGGUGGAGUGCGCAUGGGUGUCCCACGCCGACUUGCACAUAAGCUGGCCGUCAGCAUGAUCGCAGGUGCGGCUGCUAUGAUGGAGCAGACUGAAGCGGAUCCGGCAAAACUCAAGAACGACGUGUGUUCCCCUGGAGGUGCCACAAUCGCCGCAAUUCAUGCUUUAGAGGAAGGUGGAGUACGGGCUGCCUUCAUGAAUGCCGUUCGUGCGGCCACCGAACGCUCGGAGCACAUUAAUAAAUGA